AUGCCUAUACCAAGUAUUCAUGUAAAUUCGGUUGAAGACAAUGGAAAUGAUGACAGACGAAAAAAUAAACCAUCCAUACCGAUACUACAAGUAGUCGGUGACAAUAUGGAUGGACGUGAAAAUGAUGUUAACAGUGAUGAUGAUGACGAUGAUGUAAUGACAGCUGAAGAAGAAGCCGCUAUCGCGCGUCGAUUUCUUAGUGGAAACGACCAAACAGAACAACGCAGAAUGUCUUCAUUGGACAUGUAUCUCUCGCAGCCAGAAGUAAAACAAGAACCCAUGAUUAUUAAUCGUCAUAUAAGUUUGAAAGAAGAAGAAAAAGGCUUUGAGGCAGAGCAAAUGCGACUUCGUCAAAAAGAACGUGAGGAAAUGGAAAAACAUCAAGAACAACUAAGAUUAGAACGUGAAGAGGUUAAAAAAGCCAGAGCGUCCAAAAGACAUUCAAAAGUUGCUGAAGAACAAGAGUCCAGUAAAAACAAUCAAGUAAGACGAAUGGAUUAUCACAAACAAGGUCUUGGAGGUUUAAGCAAAGAGCGUAGAAAAAAAUUGAAGGAAAUGAUCUUGCAAAAGGCAAAAGAUGAACUUCUUGAAGAAAGAAGAAAAGAACUUCGUAACCGUGAAGAUCACAUCAAGAGACAAGCUCCUCCAUUCGACAUUGAUGGUUUAAAUCAGAUGCAACUUGAACAAAAGGUGAAGUCGUGGUACGAACACGUUAAACAAUUGGAAUCACAAAAGUACGAAUGGGAACAAAGAUUACGCAAACAGGAUGAAGAAAUUAACGAACUGACAGCUCAGUUAUGCUCAAUUAAAGGACACUUUCAAAAACCAAUUCUUCGUAAAGUUGCUAAACCAAUGUCAACGGAUAGAUUACGCGCGAUGAGUGCCGCACCAAAUUUCAUGCCCAAAACGGGGCAUAAAAAUCCCGUAGAAAUGAAGAGAAAACUGUCGGAUGAUAGUAAUCAGGGUGUAAAAUCAAAUUUGAAUGGGACCGGUGGUGUAUUCGCGAAAAGUUGA